CGAGGAGGCUUACCCAUGUGGAUGUUGCGAACUGUCAACAUAAUCUUGCCAAGAUCUUUAAGAGGAGGAGAAGCCUCAUUGCUCAACUACUUUAUUGCAUUCCCUCGGCCUUUGGAAACUACACUUUCUACACUAAUCAUGAAGGUUGUCGGAUCUACCUGCGCCCUGAAGAGCAAGGUCGGCGGAGAGGAAAUGGUGCGCUGCCUGUCCGAGCAGAGCUUGAGCAUCGCCAAGUGCAAGAUUCCGCUGCUGGACGAGCAGAUGAGCGCCUUCCUUCACGACAUGAACAGCUGCUACAGCAAAUUAAAGGAGCUCGUGCCCACGCUGCCCACCAACAAGAAGGCCAGCAAAGUGGAGAUCCUGCAGCACGUCAUCGACUACAUCUGGGACCUGCAGGUCGAGCUCGACGAGCCGGAGAAGAGCCGCCAUCACGCCGCCAGCAGCGUCACGCGCACACCGCUGACCACUCUGAACGCAGAGAUCGCUAGCAUCGCAGUGGAGAAUGGAUGCUCAGACGACAGGAUUAUGUGCCGCUAAGAGCUCGUGGAGCAUCGCACCAUCAACCCAUAGCGCGCACUGCGAAGAACGAACAAGGCUAUCUGAUGUGACUUCUCAACCACAUCUAUUAAAAAAUAAACCUUGAACUAUGUAGGGACGUUUCAAACUCCCAAUACUAGACGUUGUGUGGACAUCCUCCGACGACGAGGAUCUCUGUCACUCGAGGCUCUCGAUUCAUCAGAGGGCCCUGAGAGAAUGAAGAAGAAGACCGGCGGUGUCCAGAUAUAGACUGGGUUAGCCGGGGGACCAAGACAUGUUCAGUGCAACCAGCAUCGCUCGUUGCUUGUAGAGUUUCUAAAGAAAGCUAAUGUUUCUGUUACGCUCUUUGUAUCUUUGUGUAAACCAUGUAGAGAUGUUCAACAUUUUGUGAAAGAUAAAAAAGUAAAUUUCUCAGAUUCCUGAGCGACAAAACUGUAUUGUAUAUUACAAUGCCACAGUAUGUGAAAAUAUUGUUUUCUUACAAUGUACCUUAUUCGUGUUUUUAUUAAAACAAGACAAUUAUUUUUGAA